UUUUACAGGUACUGCCAGCUGCAAAAAAGUAAUGCUAAUUAACAAACUUGGCAGCACUUUUUCAAAUGUCAUCCAUUUUUAAAUGUCAAAUUAACCGCUCAAAACAAGACAAAAAAGCACUCAAAAUUAUUAUGUCUUCCUUUAACGACGCCAUAAAAUUAUUAAAAGAAAAACUGGACGAUCUUCAGCGUGAUACACAAUUUUGCGUCAACAACUACGAUUAUCAUCACAAAAAUAAUGAACAUGAAAUUUUACAAGAUCUUCAUUGCAUACUCAAGGAUUCCCUUGUGGACGGUCAAGAGUUUCUUAGUUACAUGGAAAAUAUACGCUCCUCCAUUGAAACAGCACGCAAGAAGUGUUCUGAUAUUGAUGUAUUAUUAGUUGAUUUAGGAGUUGACACUGAAAUAACCGAAGAAUCAGAUAAUUAUCCUACGGGUAGUCGUAGUUUUCACGAGGAGCAAGAAUCUGGUAAAGGAUAAAAUGUGUUGUUACUUAAUAUGCAUUGCUUAAGUCAGCAAAAACAUUGAUGGUAACUUGAAAAGAAAAGAGCUUAAAGAACAUAAAACUCCAAUAAGAUAAAUGUAGUUGAAAGAAUGUUUCUUGCUACAAAGCGUUAAAUGAUAAAUUUUUAGUUUUAUUUAAAAAAUUAAAGG